AUGGAUAUAUUUCUGAAUUUCAUGGAAUAUGCUCUUGAAGAAGUGAAGGCAAAGGAGUUGAAGAAGUUUCUGCAAAAGGUCCGGAAAUAUUUAUUAUUUCUACUGCGUUUUGUACUCUCUGUACCAAUAUUCAUAUUAGACGUGCCUGCAAUCACAGCGGCUGGUACGAAAUCUGUGGGUAGGUCGAACAUCUUCCACAAAAAAAUGCAUCCAAUGCAAGAACACCUCAACAACAAUUUAGAGUACAGGUUACUCCAAAUUGUUGGACUUCAGGUGAGGUUAGAGUGCCGGGAGGCGCACCAUCUGGGUUGUAUCUUUUUACUAGCGAAAAUUAAAAACGGUGGGAGAAAUGAACCAGCAGCUUUACAGCAACCUGACCAUUGUGCCCACUUGUUUCCUUCCUUUCGUUGA